GGAAGGUGCGUCGCAUCGCCGGCAGGGAGCCAACAGGCCAAAACUGCGAGCCGCCGCUGCUGCAGGUCGCAUCUCAGGAUUCCCACUUUCCUGUGCACCUCCAUUUUUCUGCUCCCUUCCUCCCUCCAGGAUCAAGCGUACGUUCUUUGGACCUCGUGCCAGAGAGGACAAGACCACCACCACCAAUAACCCAAAGCACCUUCCCCGUAUCGUCGAGCCAGACUAGGUAGCUCUGCUGGGCAGCUAGACUAGAAGGCAUCCCCAUCGCUCUCUGCCUCGCAGAAGAGGCAACUCCACACACCCUUUGGGUUGUCGCAAAGUCGUUGGCCACGACUGAGCACGACCUUAAGAUCCCGUUUGCCCGGCCGCUUGGCUUGCGCUGCGUGAGUCUCGGAACCCAUUGAGCGAGGUUCGCUUCAUUGCGACACUUUGACCGACAACGACAACCGCCCCUUCCGAACUCGACUUGCAUUCUCAAAAUGCUGUCUAAUCCGCCACUAUCAAAUCUUCAUCCGCGCCACAGGCAGCAUCGACGACAGAACUCGACGCCCACGGCUUUCGAAGCGGUGAAGAUCCCGAACCUGCCCAACAUUCAGCGACGGCAGCCAGUGUCCCAUCGGCGAGGCCUCAGCCUCGACACUCGGCAGCAUCAGAUCCGUCAGCUCCAGCAACACCAACAACGCCAGCAACAACACUCGACAACAAUCGACAACAGGCAGGACUUCGCGACAACGACUACAACGGUAAGUAGCUCGACGACCACUAACCACCCAGGAUUACCAACGACACCACAGCAUCACGUAUUGCGAGAAGCGCAGCAGCAACGCAUAAUAGCACGCCCAGGCCCUAGCCAGGCCUACGCCAACUUGGCGAGUGACGGGGCCUUCAUGGUCUCGCCGCAUCCCACUCCCCAGCACAACCAACAGCAGUUUGAUGCCGCCCAAUGCGGCCUGCAGACUGGCCCCCAGUUCGCGGGCAAUGGCGCUGCCCAUAUCAGCCUCCUGAUGAGGCGGAACCAGGCCGCCUUCAACGCCAACGCUCAAGGCGCCAUGACCCUGAACACCGACUUUGACAUAUUCGAGCCCUCUCCUGACAGCGCGCUGUCCACACCCAGCUUCAUCAACUACCAGGACAGCCCGGCCUUCUCGCAGCAGGGCUGGGCCUCCGAGGGAGACGCGUCUAGCUCGCGCAGGUCCUCGAGGAGGAUCAGCAAUGGCAUCAUGGACCGCGUGAACAAGUUUGAGACGCUGGGAAGUGUCGACGGAGGUUCGAGGCCAGCUACACCCCCAACACAGAACGUAACAGGUUACUUCCCCCCGACACCGAUAGAGACCCCUUGCGAAAGAAUGGUCAAGCACCAGCCCCGGCCCACUCGCUUCGCCGAGGGCUAUGACGAGUCGAUGGAGGACACAAUCAAGCCGCGCAACCGUUCCAAGCGCGCCUCGGGUGUUUUCCAGGAGCUCAGGCAGCAGGCCGAGGCAAUGGCAGCCAGCCAGCAGCGCGCCAACACCAUGGCCAUGCCCCUGCAGUCCCCGGACUUUAUGAACUUGGGGAACAUGAGCGAUGAGUUUGUCAAGAUCGAGACGGGCAUAAACACCAUGCAUGGCUCCGCCAACGGCACCCCUGACCUGUCCCAUCAUUCGACCCCGGUGACCCCGUACGGGAGCUCUUUUGAGAACGGAUUCCACGCGACCAACUUCGACUCGCAGGCCACUAUGAUGAUGUUCCAUCCCAACAUCAACCUCGUGCCGGGCAAUGCCAGUGCCUCGGAGUCGUGCAGGGAGUCUCCCCAUCGCCGCACCGACUCUCUUGCCAGCAUCGCCAGUGCCGCCAGCAUCUCGAGCCUUAACAUUGACGAGACCAAGACGGAGACGGGCGUGACGCUCGACGACAUCUCAGCCCACAUCGAAGGCCCCGAUCCCACGGACGGCAAGUGGACCUGCGUCUUCGAGGACUGUGGAAAGAAGUUCGGCCGCAAGGAGAACAUCAAGUCGCACGUGCAGACGCAUCUCAACGACCGCCAGUACCAGUGCCCGACCUGCAGGAAGUGCUUCGUGCGCCAGCAUGACCUGAAGCGCCACGCCAAGAUCCACACUGGUGUCAAGCCGUACCCGUGCGACUGUGGCAACAGCUUCGCUCGGCACGACGCCCUCACCCGCCAUCGCCAGCGAGGAAUGUGCAUCGGCGCCUUUGACGGCAUCGUGCGCAAAGUCGUGAAGCGCGGCAGGCCCAAGAAGCACCGGCCCGAGAUGGAUGCCAGGCUGGACAAGUCUGCUCGUACGCGUGCCAAGAACAAGGACUCGCCCAACGGCUCCCACUCGCCCUCGGACGCGUCUCACAGCGGCUACACAGAUAGCUCGGCCCCCAGCUCGCCGUCUUACCACGAUGAUGGGUUUGAAGACAUGCUCGACGAUCAGCCAUUCCAAGAUCUGAUGGAGAAUGUGCCCCAGUCCUCCGGCCCUCAGCAGCAGCAACAACACAACCGCACGUCUUCGGCUCUCUCAACCGCGCCCAUGGGCCUGAUGGCCAACACCGCAGCCAUGCCCACCAUCUCGCCCGCAGCAGUGACUACGGCGGCAGACAUGGCCGGUCUCGUUUCUAUCGUGGCUGACGUCUCAGCACCCAUCUCGUCGCCGGCAGCCAUGUCGGACUACUCGCACGCGUCGCACCUGACCGGGAACGGUGGCAACCAGACCCUGCUGGACCCUUUCAACACGUCCCUUGACGACAGCGCCCUGGGCGACGACCUUGGCCUGCCCCAGCAACAGCCGCACGCGCAGCAGACCGCGCCUCAAUCGCCCGCCAAGAGCGUGGCCUCGCACUACACCCACAACCAGCCGGGCACGCCCCCUGAUCUGUCGGCGUCGAGCUCGCCUCCGCCCAGCUCCGCCGUGACGGGCGCCGAUCGCUUCUUCCCCUCCCAGAUGAUGGGCGGGAACGGGGAUGCGAUGGGCUGCGCCGGAACGGACAUGGGAGUCCUGGGCGGUGGCAUGUGUGCUCCUCCGACGGUGGCGGCGACUGCCACUGGCGUUGCGGGUGUGUCGAUGGCCGAGGACAUGGACCUGUACCAGGCCCUGGGCGCCGGAGGCGAGGAUCUCGUUGGCGGGCUCGAUGGCCUGAGCGGUCUCGGCCCGUACGGCGCGUUGGGUGGGCUCGUCCACGGCAUGCCCUCCAAGUUCGAUGAGGAGUACGGCAUGUUCACCAACGACGACGUGUCCAGCUACUUCGGUCCUUAAGUGUCCUUCCUGGCCUCGUCUGUCGAGUCUUGGGUCCCAGAUCUUCUGGCGUGUUUUGUUUACCUGUGGUGCAGCGUCUGUCGGCGCGGUAAUGAUGACGAAAGUCAAGUCUUUGAGCCUCUGGCCGGUUUCCGUGCCGUUGUUUCUCAAGAAACGAGAUAUCUGACGAGAGGCUCAAUGGCUUUGUAAUAAUCUUGGGGAAAACGGGUUGUUAGACGCGGCUGUUCGUGUUGGUUUUUCUUGCUUACUCGGUCUUGUCGGGUGGUUGGGAACUUGUAUAUUAGAUUGUCAUUUUUGCCACUUGGAUAUUUUUGUUGUGCGCAUGGAGGACCUCUGGCCCAAAGUUGCCGGCGAGACUCGAUGUUCCGCGUUUUUUUUAUCUUUUAUUAGUAUCGUUUCGAAGAGGAGAAGCUGAAGGGCUGCGGGAGAUGGAGAUGGGAAUUCGGGAUCACGGAGCGCCUGGAGUUUUGUCUUUGGUUGAUUGUCAAUGAAUGUGGGACCAUGGCUUUUGUCUGUCAUCCCUUUCUCAUCUUCCUCGCAUUUUGGUUUUGUCGAUUAUUGAUUAUCGGUUGCGACUUUGUGGUUUCAGUGUAUGUAAUUCGCCGUGGAAGUGAUGAGAAUAAUAUCAGGUGUAGCCUUUCCGA